AUGUACUCCCUUGCGAAUGAAAUUUGUUUCCCGCUUGAUGCAUGUAAUCACACUCCUACUGAUCGUGGAGACUGCGUGGUCUUCAAGCUCAUUGAAAUUCGCCUCGCUGCAAAGCUUCGCCACAGCGUGCCGCUUCUUGUUGGUGUUGUGUUUCAUGGACCCUUGGACUUCGAUUCCUUUCCAAGUGCUCUACACCACAGCGGAAGCUUAGCAACACCGGACCAAUCGGGCUUUUUGGGGCGUAUUGUGGGGAUUGGCCAUCCCGAUUGGGGAAUUUGGACGAUUCUUCCAUUUGUGAGCUUCAAUAUGUACCAGGCCCAGGUGUUUACUUCUUUGCAGUCUUAA